AUGACUACAGCCUUGGCCUCUGAGGUCAGGGGCAUUUGGGCAGAAUCUAGGAAUUUCUCCCAACUCUCUGAAGCCUCCUUGGCCCUAACACCUAUGAAUGUUUUGGGCUUCUCCACUCAGGGCUUUGGAGGCCAGUACUCUGCACUUGAGGAUCUGCUGUCUGAGAUCUGUGAAGAGUUGGAUAACUCACUUAGACAUCUGUAUGCAGUCUCCCGAUCUGGAAGUCACUGCAGGGAAGACUUCCAGAAAGAGGAAGGUACCAGGGACCCUCAGCAGAACCCUGCACCACAGCAAGAAAGCAAGCUCCCUCAGCUGCUGCCCACUGCAAGUACUCAGGACCUCUGCUCCUCGGAGGCGGGAAAAUCACAGCAGUGCCCUCCGGCUGCUGCUCCUCAGUGCCUGGCACCUGUUGGCUGUAGCACAGAAGGAAUUGGGUGUACUGAGCCCAGACCCUGCCUUGCCCAGCCCAAGGAGUUCUGCUUGGUGACCACGCAGAGCCCGGCUCCGACGGCUCCACCCCGCGCCCAAGAUGGCCGCGCCCAUGUGCCGCCGUGGAGGCAGCAGGCACGACUACCGUUUUCUUAUUCUGAGGAUCUAAAGAAAGAGGAGAGCGUGGCUUUGGAAGAUGGCGGGGCGGGAACUCCCCAGGGAGCACAGCAACAAGGAGGCCCGGCCGCGCGGGAGAACGGACUGGGAGAGCGGGCCUCGGCCUCGGAGGCGGCGGACUCGGAUCGCCACGACAGUCCGCGCGGAGCCCGCUCGCCUCCCGCCGCCCGAGACGCCUCCCCAGCCUCUCGUACGACUCGUCGCGGAAAAUGCUCGCACGCUCUCGUCGCUCCAUCUAACCUCAGAGGCAACCACGUCAGAAUCCUUUGUCCCCGAAAGGCGCCGUGUUGCCCAUUGGCUGUGUUGCUCCCCCGUCCCCAAAGCCCGCUCCUGCGCGUGCACAGCGCUCGGGCUCCCGGGGCGACGGCGAGCGGAAGUGCCCUGCUUGACCCCGAUGGCGGUCUGAGAGAGAGCAAGGCUGACUCGGUGACUCAACUUCUAGCCACCAUCGAGAGCUGUGUGAUGGUGGAAGAGCAUGGCGAUCAAAUGGACAUAAUGGGAAAUAAGGAAGUAUUGGGGCGGGAACAGGGUGGUGGUGGCCCACUGAAGGGCCGAAGGAGACUGGCACAAGUAAAUGAUAUUGUGAAAAAUGAAAAAAUGCAAGUAAAUAAAAGAGGAAAGGUGGAAUUACCACUGGAAGAUCUCCAUCCUUUGUCAGGGCAGAGCCAGAUGGCCGUGUCCCAGGGAACCUUGACCUUCAGGGACGUGUUUGUGGACUUCAACCUGGAGGAGUGGCAGCAGCUGGACGCCACUCAGAAGAACCUCUGCAGGGAUGUCAUGCUGGAGAACUACAGCCACCUUGUCUCCGUGGGAUUCCUCGUGGCCCAACCAGGUAGGAUCUUCAGGUUGGGACAAGGAGAAGAGGAGGCCAGGAUGGCAGCUGGAGAAAGCCCAACACGGAGGUGUCCAGAAUUCUGGCAAGUUGGUGACCCAAUAGAUAAUCACAAGGAAAGCCAAGACAAACCUCUAUGGCAAGCUGCAUCCGUUGAUAAGGAAACACUGAAGGAUGGAAGUGGCCAAAAAUUCAGAACAUACAGAAAAAUCAUUUAUCCAAGCACAAACUUUGUUUCUAUAAGACAAAGACUCCCUAAAUAUGAUUCAUGGGGAAAGUGUUCAAAACAUAAUUUAAAUUUUCUUAAUCAAAGUAGAAGCUAUGUAAGAAAGAAAGAUGAUGAAUGUAAGGCAUAUUGGAAAUUAUGCUUCCAUUCUAAUCUUGAUAAAGCUCAACCUGGAGAGAAAUUCUUUGAGCCUAAUGAACAUGGAGAAGCCCUCCACCAUAAGCAAGCCCUUAAUAAAAGUCCAAGAAUUCAAACUGGGGAGAAAUUCUAUAAAUGUUCUGAAUGUGGAAAAGUAUUUAUCCAGAAAGCAAACCUUGUUGUACAUCAGAGAACUCACACUGGAGAGAAACCUUAUGAAUGCUGUGAAUGUGCAAAAACCUUCAGCCAGAAGUCAACCCUCAUUGCACACCAGAGAACUCAUACAGGGGAGAAGCUGUAUGAAUGCAGUGAAUGUGGGAAAACAUUUAUCCAGAAGUCAACUCUGAUUAAACAUCAGCGAACUCAUACAGGAGAGAAACCAUUUGUAUGUGGUGAAUGUGCAAAAGCUUUUAAGAGUUCAUAUCACCUUAUUAGACAUGAAAAAACACACAUUAGACAAGCAUUUUAUGAAGCUAUCAAAUGUGGUAAGUCCAGCCUUACACAUCAAAGGACUCAUACAGGUGAGAAACGUGAGUGCAAUAAACAUGGGAAAGCCUUUGAUGAGACGCCCACCCCCAUUAAACAUCAAGGAACUCAUACAAAAGAGAAACCUUAUGAGUGCAGUAAAUGCGGAAAAGGCUUCAGGGGGAAGUCACACCUUUCUGUUCAUCAGAGAGUUCAUACAGGAGAGAAACCCUAUGAAUGCAGCAUAUGUAGGAAGACUUUCAGUGAAAAAUCACACCUCUCUGUCCAUCAUAGAACUCAUACAGGAGAGAAAACUUAUGAAUGCAGAAGAUGUGGGAAAGCAUUUGGUGAGAAGUCAACCCUUAUUGUACAUCAGAGAACUCAUACAGGAGAAAAACCCUAUAAAUGCAACGAAUGUGGGAAAGCCUUCAGUGAAAAGUCACCACUGACUAAACAUCAGAGAAUUCAUACAGGAGAGAGACCCUAUGAAUGCAGUGACUGUAGGAAAGCAUUCAGUAGGAAGUCAACUCUCAUUAAACAUCAGAGAAUUCAUACAGGAGAAAAACCCUAUGAAUGUAGUGAAUGUGGCAAAGCCUUCAGUGUGAAGUCAGUUCUCAUUGUACAUCACAGAACUCAUACAGGAGAGAAACCUUAUGAAUGCAGAGAAUGUAGCAAAGCCUUCAGUGGGAAGUCAACUCUCAUUAAACAUCUGAAAAGUCAUACAGGAGAGAAAACCUAUUAA